CCUUCCCCCGCCCCGAGCCUGUUCCUUUGUCCACCCACUUUGAAGUGCUCUGGGAUCGCCGGGGUGGGAGCAUUGUUCGCUAGCAAAAGAUCAGUCAUGCCGGGGAGAGGGUAGCGAGUGUACGGGGGGCUGGGGCCGGCAAAAGCUGAAGGAGACGGGGAGGAGAGACUGCUCCGAGGAUCGCCGUUUGCCUCCCAGUUUCCCUGCAUGGACCGUGAAAGAGACGCAUUGAGUUGACCCUGCCGGAGCUGUUUCUGCUUCUACAUGUGAGAUCCGGUUGGUUUAUUCUCUCCACCUAUCUCUCUCCAGCCUCCUUCCCCUAUUCUCCACUUACUCCUGUAUGCAAAAUGGUGGACCCUGUGGGGUUUGUGGAGGCUUGGAAAGCACAAUUUGCAGACUCUGAGCCUCCUAAAAUGGAGCUGAAAUCUGUGGGAGACAUUGAACAGGAGCUGGAGAUGUGCAAAGCAUCUAUUCGGAGACUGGAGAUGGAGGUCAACAAGGAGAGGUUCCGCAUGAUUUACCUGCAGACUCUUCUGGCAAAGGAAAAAAAAAGCUAUGAUAGGCAGAGAUGGGGUUUUAAACGUGCUUCUCAGUUGCCUGAAGGGGGUGCAGAGCAGCAGAUCCAAGACCUGCAUCACCAGUCCGCUGACCAAGACGAAUAUGAAAAAAGCAAGUCACACCAUGGGGAGGAAAAGUUCAAACCCAGGAUACCCUCUCUGCGGAAGCUGUCUACCCAGAGUGAUGGGUCAGACCUGUCGCCUUUGGACAGCCCCCAUCAUGGAGAGGGAGAGCAGGACAGGUGUAAGUACUAUGGUGAAGAGAAACUGAAGAGAGUUGUAGAAGAUAUGGAGAAUCGCUGUGAUACAGAUGGCUCUCCUUCAAAACACAGAUCAGCUUCCACUCGCAGGCUAGUGGGAUCUGCUGAGAAGGAGGGAUCGUUUGAACCUAUUUCUAAGGAGAGAGGGAACAGCACCAGCGUGGCAGCCCUAAGGUCUAAUUUUGAGAGGAUUAAAAAGGUUAAUUCACAUUCUUCUGGGGAUAACAAGGAUGUUGUUGAAAAGCCCUUUUAUGUGAAUAUGGAGUAUCAUCAUGAGAAGGGUCUAGUAAAGGUCAACGAUAAAGAUGUUUCUGAUAAAAUAAGCUCCCUUGGUAGCCAGGCCAUGCAAAUGGAACGCAAAAAGUCUUUACAUUCCCUGCCUUCUAACAUGGUACCCAGCUUCAGUGAGUUCCAGAGGCCUGCUUACAGGGGAAGGUCCUCGGAGAGCAGCUUUGGCUAUGAUGGAGAAUAUGAGGAUGCUGAACUGAACCCCAGGUUUCUCAAAGAUAACUUGAUUAAUGCCAAUGGCAGCAACCGCUCACCUUGGCAACCCAUGGACUUUCAACCCUAUCAAAGUAUCUAUGUUGGUGGAAUUAUGGGGGAAGGAGAAGGGAAAGGACCUAUUCUGCGAAAUCAGGGCAUGACUGACCAGGAAAAACAUCUAACGUGGCCCAGGAGAUCUUAUUCCCCCCGGAGUUUUGAAGAUAUUGGAGGAGGAUAUACUCCCGAUUGUAGUUCUAAUGAGAACCUUACCUCCAGUGAGGAAGACUUCUCUUCAGGGCAGUCCAGCCACGUCUCUCCUAGCCCUACCACUUACCGCAUGUAUCGGGAUAAAAGCCGUUCUCCCUCACAGAACUCUCAGCAGUCCUUUGACAGUAGCAGUCCACCAACCCCCCAGUCUCAAAAACGGCACAGGCAGCAGCAGGUCAUUGUGUCUGAGGCUACUAUUGUGGGUGUACGAAAAACAGGACAGAUCUGGCCAAGUGAUGGAGAUUUGCCUUCUGGGAGAUGUCACCAGGACAGCUGCUUCCAUGGGGAUACAGAUGCUUCAUUCAGUGGCACGCCACCUAGCUAUGCGUAUGAUGCAGACCGUGCUGAAGAACAGAGGCGACAUCAUGAUAUGAUGCCCUAUAUUGAUGACUCGCCAUCAUCCUCACCCCAUCUCAGUUCCAAGAGUCGGGGCAGCCGAGACACACUAUCUUCAGGGUCUCUGGAAUCUACAAAAUCAAGUGAGCCAGACCUGGAGAAAGGCCUGGAGAUGAGAAAAUGGGUCCUGUCAGGAAUCCUAGCCAGUGAGGAAACCUACCUGAGCCACCUGGAAGCUCUGCUGCUGCCUAUGAAGCCUUUGAAAGCAGCUGCCACCACCUCUCAGCCUGUGCUGACUAGUCAGCAGAUUGAGACAAUAUUCUUCAAAGUGCCUGAGCUCUAUGAGAUUCACAAAGAAUUCUAUGAUGGGCUCUUUCCCCGAGUGCAGCAGUGGAGCCACCAGCAACGUGUAGGGGACCUCUUCCAAAAGCUGGCCAGCCAGCUGGGAGUGUACCGGGCCUUUGUGGAUAACUAUGAAGUUGCUAUGGAGACAGCAGAGAAAUGCUGCCAAGCCAAUGCUCAGUUUGCUGAAAUCUCUGAGAAUCUAAAAGCUAGAAGCACAAAGGAAUCUAAAGAUCAGACGACGAAAAAUUCCUUGGAAACUCUAUUAUACAAGCCAGUGGAUCGAGUGACUCGCAGCACACUUGUCCUGCAUGAUUUGCUCAAGCACACUCCAGUGAGCCACCCUGAUCAUCCACUCCUGCAGGACGCUCUGCGGAUCUCACAGAACUUCCUGUCCAGCAUCAAUGAAGAGAUCACUCCUCGUCGGCAGUCCAUGACUGUAAAGAAGGGCGAGCACCGGCAGCUGCUGAAGGACAGUUUCAUGGUGGAGCUGGUUGAGGGGGCUCGCAAGCUACGUCAUGUCUUUCUUUUUACUGAUCUGUUCCUGUGUGCCAAGCUGAAGAAGCAGAUUGGAGGAAAAAGCCAGCAGUAUGACUGCAAAUGGUACAUCCCGCUCACUGACCUUAGUUUCCAAAUGGUGGAUGAGUCUGAAGCAGUGCCCAACAUCCCACUGGUACCUGAUGAGGAACUGGAUGCCAUGAAGAUAAAGAUAUCCCAGAUCAAGAAUGACAUCCAGCGUGAAAAGAGGGCCAAUAAAGGCAGUAAGGUCAUUGAGAGGUUGAAAAAGAAGCUCUCCGAGCAGGAAUCCCUCCUACUGCUGAUGUCUCCCAACAUGGCCUUCCGGGUACACAAUCGCAAUGGCAAGAGUUACACAUUCCUUAUUUCAUCAGACUAUGAAAGGGCAGAGUGGAGGGAGAACAUCCGGGAGCAGCAGAAGAAAUGCUUUAAAAGCUUCUCACUCACAUCGGUGGAACUUCAGAUGCUGACAAACUCCUGUGUGAAGCUUCAGACAGUCCACAAUAUUCCCCUCACUAUCAAUAAGGAAGAUGAUGAAUCCCCAGGUCUCUAUGGAUUCCUGAAUGUCAUUGUCCACUCUGCCACAGGAUUCAAGCAAAGUUCAAAUUUGUACUGCACAUUAGAGGUGGAUUCUUUUGGGUAUUUCGUGAACAAGGCUAAAACUAGAGUUUACAGAGACACCACAGAGCCCAACUGGAAUGAGGAGUUUGAGAUUGAGCUGGAAGGUUCACAAACUCUGCGGAUUCUGUGCUAUGAAAAGUGCUACAACAAAACCAAGCUCACCAAAGAGGAUGGAGAGAGUACGGAUCGCAUAAUGGGGAAAGGACAGAUCCAACUGGACCCACAGGCAUUGCAGGACAAAGAUUGGCAGCGCACAGUCAUCUCCAUGAAUGGAGUGGAAGUGAAGCUGUCGGUGAAGUUCACCAGUCGGGAGUUUAGCCUGAAAAGGAUGCCGUCCCGGAAACAGACUGGGGUGUUUGGGGUCAAGAUCGCUAUUGUCACCAAGAGAGAGAGAUCGAAGGUGCCUUACAUAGUGCGCCAGUGUGUGGAGGAGAUUGAGCGACGUGGGAUGGAGGAGGUGGGCAUCUACCGUGUCUCUGGGGUUGCCACCGAUAUCCAAGCUCUGAAGGCUGCCUUUGAUGUCAAUAACAAAGACGUGUCGGUGAUGAUGAGCGAGAUGGAUGUCAAUGCCAUUGCGGGCACCCUCAAACUCUACUUCCGGGAGCUGCCUGAACCCCUCUUUACAGAUGAGCUGUACCCCAACUUUGCUGAGGGCAUUGCACUUUCGGACCCUGUUGCAAAGGAAAGCUGUAUGUUGAAUCUAUUGUUAUCGCUUCCAGAACCCAACCUUGUGACAUUCCUUUUCCUUUUGGACCAUUUAAAAAGGGUUGCUGAGCGGGAAAGCGUGAACAAGAUGUCCCUGCAUAAUCUUGCAACUGUAUUUGGACCAACGCUGCUCAGACCUUCAGAGAAGGACAGUAAAAUUCCGGCUAACCCAACCCAGCCCAUCACAAUGACGGAUAGUUGGUCACUAGAAGUCAUGUCCCAGGUUCAAGUUCUUCUGUACUUCCUGCAGCUAGAGACUAUCCCUACCCCAGACAGCAAGAGGCAAAGCAUUCUCUUUUCCACAGAGGUGUAGGUGCCUGUGAUACCAACAGGAUGCAAGAAACUGCUCUUGGCAUAAAUCUGCCACGCCUGAGAAAAAGAUGACUGGCGUUUCUUCAGACAUUACUGGCCUGUUCCUGUCCUGGGGAAUUAUGGCCCUCAGUGCUUCUGCUGUUUGUUGACCAGGCUGAAGAGAAAGAAGAAUCUCUACUUUUAAUUGGUAGGAGCAGAACUGAACUGGAGACGGAGCUGUGCAGAAUCUCCACUAGAAGGAGCAAUAGACACUUGAACAAAUGCACCACAGAGUGCGGCUAUUAUUCUUGUUGGGAAUGUGACAGAAGGUAUUCCUCGUUUUAUGGAUUUAAUUUAUCAUAAAGAAUCUUCAAGAUUUCUACUGGACCACUUGAUAGGAUACCCCUUUUUGGGUGAGGGGGAGUCAAAGGAUACAUCACAACUGUGUCUUUAAUAACUGCUGUUUUUAAAGUACUGUUCUAGGCCACAAAAUAGCAUUGCUUUGCAAGAGAGGAGAAGGGAAGGGUCUGGGAUCUGUGAUUCCCUCCUCAGAAAUUCAAGUCUUGAUUUGAACAGAGUUCUGAAGAAACGAAACAGUUUUGUGUACAACUAGAACGGUUGGUUUGUCUGGGGGAUGUUUUGGGUUGGUGUCUUUUUUUUGGUCUCACCCACCCCUUCCCUGGCAAAUGUUUCUGCAGCCCUGGGGAAGGAGACGCCCUGCUCUUGCCUGUGCUGCGCUUCCGGUCGGUUUAUUUGGGUUAAGGGAGCCAGACCCAAUGAUGUUACACUAGAAAUACAUACAGUAAAUUAAAGAGAGGCAGGGAGGAUUAGAGACAGGGAUUCUGUUUGUGAUUCUGUUGUUUGUUUGCAUAUAAAAGCAGGGAUGAUGUUAUCCAGGCAGGAUUGCUAAAUUCCUUAGACCCCGUCAGACUUAAUGAAAAUUAAUUGGGAAGACUGUUAAUUCCCAACGCUCCAAAGAAAAGAUGUUAUCCCUGCAAAAAUAUUUGAAGCAUUUGUGGACACACAAAAAAAUAAUCAAUGGCUAUCAGUUUGGCUGGCUGCUUACUCCAAACUUUUAUCAGAACAUCUUUUUUUUUUGAUACUUGAAUUUUUGGAGGCUUUGUACGUUGCUUUACAAGAGUCUUUUUCUGAUCGAUACAAAUACUUUGAUAAUGUGUCAGAAUGUACUUUACGGACAAUCUAGCAAGUAGCACGCGUUGUGUGUUCUCCAGAAAUUCCAACCCUCUUUUAAAUAAGAGCAGUGAAGAAAUUUCUGUGGAACUACAUACGGCAGUACAAAAGGCCCAGCCAAAUACCGACUUUGUGUUUCCCUGCCUACAUCAGCUCAAGCCACAGGGGGAACUUGGGCAUAUUCUGUGAUUCUGUAAAGGGCAGCAGUGUUUGUCUGGGGAACUGAAAGCGGAAUCUAGUUGCUGGUACCCCGAGCGAAGCAUUCUGGCUGUGAAGCAGUUGUGCCAAACAUCUUGGGGGGCGGGAGUGAUUCCGCUGUCAUAAAGUACCCCGGCCCCCUUCACUUCCUACCCAGUUAUGCAGCAUCCAUUUAGUGGCAUCCGUCCAUCAUCAUCCCGGUGAGAAGUCCAGCUUGAAGACAAGGAAGGAAUCGGCCCGGGGAGGGGAGGAAGGGACAGACUGUGAAAGCUUGGUAGGGUUAGGUUGUCAACACCAUUUGAGGGGAAAUACAACAAAGAAAGCGACCCCUGUUAUGCUGAAUUGCACAUUUUCUGAUGGGUGAUCUGCAACCUCUCAAUGAAAAAAUAAAAAUAACAAAGGAGUCUUUCAAACAAAAUGGAAAGAAAAAAUUAAGGGGAAAUUACUUUGUAGUCACUGUAAUUCUGACUGCUGCGUAAUAGAAAUUAUUGUACUGUGAAGUUGCAAAUUCAAAAAGGAACCAAUAUAAAUUUCAAUUUUGUGAGUAUAUCAAUAUUUUGCAUGCUUUGUAAGGAUUCUUAUAGGAAUUUAAUAUUGCUUAGUAUCCCUCCCUCCUUAGGUCUGGGAGCAAACCUCUUUGUAAUGUAAUGUACAACUAGAAAUUCCUUCUUUCUUGUAUGUAUUUCCACUACAUUCCAACUUCUGAACCCGUAAAACAGAAAACGUGUUUAUAGUAGGAGGUGCUUUUUUGGGGGAGGGAGGGAAUGAAGGCAAGGAAACUUGAAGGCUUAUGAUUUUCAUUUUUUUAUUUUAUUGUAUUUUUUUGCCUUUUUGAAGGCAAAAAUGAGUCACAAUCCUGAAAAGCAUUGACUUAAGACAAGUCAUGUAGACCAGUAAACCACGCCCUACGGCUUUGUUUUGAUGUAUUUGUUCUCAUUUUCACAUAGCGGUUCUACAGCAAUCCUUUCACUGCGAGCUGCACGCCUGCCUGUUCCAAGCCGUUGUUUGGUGUGUCGGAGGCAGCGGCGCUGCCCACGGCUUCGUUUAAAAGGAAAAAACCCAAUCAAACUAUGCCAGGUGGUUGGGUGACGGCCUUGGCCUUUGGGUGUUUGGAAUCUGUGGCUGCUCUUUGCAGUGUUGAAACUGGAAAGCAAUACCAUAAUGACUGUGCCAAUUUACUUUUGCCCAAGUUUUUUUUAUUUUUAUUUAUACAGGAAGCUAAUUUUAAUAUUAAAUUACUGAUCUAUAGUAUGUAACCAUGAGAAAUUGCUUUUGCUUUGGUUACUGUUACAGGUUGUUGCUUUUAGUUUUUCAUUACAAUGCUCGGUUCUAAUGUAACACUAUCUAACAUGCAGGCAUGUGGAUCAGGGAAAAAAAGUUAAUUUAACUUAACCCGUUAAUUAUUUCUGUUAAGUAUGAAUAUGUUUUCCCCAAAGCUGGUAAUUUUGGGCUGGAAAAGAUAGCACAUCUUAUUGCUGAUGAUGAAAUAAUGGACUGAUUUGAAAUACGAGAAUUGAUUUCUUGAAUUUCCUGUAAUUUUGCAAUUAAGUUUUUUCAAAUAGUCCUAUGUUUUCAGAAAUUAAGUAUUUCUAAAAGGCUUUUAUGUUGUUUUCCCAGGGAUGUUGGUUGGGUUUGUUUUGGUGUUGUUUUUUUUUUCACUUUGUUAUUUUUUUUAAUAAGCCUUAUCAUAGUUAAACAAAAAGGGAUUUGCAAAACUUGGCUUUAGAGAAGGCCUUCUGAUUUCGACUCUCAUAUAUUCCCUUGCGAGUUGUGUCAGAAAACCAAACUCUUCAAUUUUCUGUAUUAAAAGGUACAAUAUCAACAAAAUAAGAGCAAACUAGCAAAAAAUUACGCUUUACAUGUGCACUGGGAGUUUAUGCUCUUUCAGUUUCAUGUGUAUUGGAGAGACCUUUCUAAAAAUGUAGCUUUCAGUAACAGGAAUCUGAAACGUUGAAACUUUCAGCUGAAGAAAUUCAGAUGAUUAGGACAGUCUGUGCGUCUACAGUUUAACUAGAGGAAUAAGCAUCAGUUUCCUGGCAAUUAGAAACUGUUUACAAUUCUCAUGGAUUUUAUUUUUUUUUUUAACACUGAAUAGGCUUUUGAGUAAAACUUUAAAAAGCUAAGUAAAGCAAACUGUGGGAAAAGUUUUCAAGGAUGGACAACAGUUACUAGAUGAGUUUCCGCUUUGUGUUUGUGUGUGCUUUGUACGGGAGGGGAGCGUCUGAAACCAAAUUGAAACACAUCCAUUAAAAUGCUGCUGGUGUUCUUUAUUCUUGCACACUUUUAACCAGUUGAGGUAGUAGCUAAGCUAUUUCGGGCUGUAUUUUAAUGCUGCUAUUUUUCAGUGUAUCGGCUAAGGGCAGAGUGCCGCAGUGUGGGGACUGUCUUUGCUGAUGCCCACCGCCCGCCUGACCUUCAGCUCCGAUACCAGGCAGUCAGCGUGCACCCACGAGGCAAAACUGCAACUUUCUUUGUUGGCCACAAGGUGGUGGAACCACAGAGUAUGUUUAUGGGAGAUGCAGUAUUUUUACAGUUUAUUCAUUUUACCUGUUUAAAAAUCUGUUUUAUGGUUAUGUUAGUUUUCUAUGAGUUUAUUUAAACUGUUCUUUAAAGCAUACGUGGAUCUCCAAAUUUGUUUGUCACCCUUGUAACACUGGAAGGCAUCACAAUGUGUUCAUUUAUCUUAACGUGCCAUUCUUUCGAGAAUGUAUAAAAUGUAAAUUGACUGACAUGGUUUUUAAAAAUGCUUAAAAUCCGAUGGCAAAACCGCAACCCUCUCUGAUUCCUCGCUGGUUAAUCCUUUUGUUUCAGUGCUUGGUCAUCUACUGGGAUAACAUGAGGUGUGGCAUUCUUAUUAUGGAAAUUUUAGUAAGAAAUGGAAAACGUUUUAAGAAGACCCCCUAUGCUUUCUCUUUUUACUUUAAUUCACAAAGAAGGGGGACUUGUAAUUACAGAAGACCAAGACAUUCAUGCUAGACUGAAGGGAUUUGCUUCUGUUCCUUGAAGAAGAAAAAUCUGAAAGGGCAAUUCCUAAGUAAAUACGAUCAAAUUAAUCAAAUUCUUGGUGUAGUUAGCAAGUCACUUGUUUAUGCCCUCUUAAAUUUGUAGUCCAGGUAUGUUCUUAUUUUUAAACUUUUCUCACAUUGUCAUAGUACUGUUACCAGAAAAAUAAACCCAAUACCAUUCACUUCCUGGAACACAGGGUCCCUGCACCUGAGAUACGGGAGCCGUACAUUAGUAUUAGCAGCUCUCCAUUCUCAACUGGAAUGAAACAAACGUUCAUCUCUGUUCUAUGAAUUUUCUCAUUUAAUAGAAUUAAAUACAUGGAUUGCCCUUAAAAUCAACAGAAGCUCUAAAGGAAGCACUUACAGUUAAUGAUUAUUGCCUAACAAGGUUUUAGGGACUAAAAGUAACACAAAUGAAAGAAGCAUCAUCUGGAAGCAGGAAGAAUGUUCCAAGUUACGGAAGAAGGCCUGUGCCCUAGAUAACUGUGAGCAAAGACCGUCUUGCCCGUAAAUAAACGUUAAUAUAGGAACGCCAGGAAUUUAGCUACUGCAGCCUCCCAGCUCUGAUGUGCUGCAGCCCCUCUUUCUUUCUACUGAAAAUUCACAGUUCGGUACUAAGAAAGCAAAGCUCAUGCGUGCGCUCUACCUUUUGAUUCCCAGGGGCAAUAGAUAGGGAGGAGCAAUAGAGUCCAUGUAUUGCCGUAGGUGAAACACCACCGCAAAGAAAGAAAAAGCGAAUAGAACCAGAAAGUCACAUUAUUGUUUAAGCUAAAAGUCUGUUUCUGGGCUGCAAAGAUAAAAUGCCACAACAUGCUCUAAUGAUGAAACGGCUUAAACAGCAGGACUGAAGCAAACCUGAGUGUAGGUGUUGUCUUGAUUCUCCUCCUUCCAUGACCCCAUAUCACUAGAUUUGGGCCUUCCAGGUCAAGCAAAUACACAAAUGCUAUUGCCAAGAAUUAGAAAAUUAUUAAAUGACCUAGUGUGCCUCCACUGUUGAUUCUCUUUGUGUUACCAUCACAUUGGGGAAUUACUGGAGACCACUGUAAAUACAUGCAGGUAAACCAUAUGAGUAUUUGCCAUAUCAUUUAUUUCCUACUGUGAUGUUUCACCUUGCAGUAAGGAAGACCCCUCCUUUUCCAACAGAAACCACUUCACAUCAUUCUACACCGCAAGAACCACCCCACAGGGAGGUUCAGUUUGUUGCAGAGCUAUCCCUGGAGAUAACCAAAAUAUUCCCAGUCUUCCAGUGCAGAAUGGACCAGGUACGGCUAAAGCUCUGAGCUUGUGUAGGCCUGGUUUGUGAGUUAAGGUUCUUUUAUUUACACCUGUUCAAGCAUAUUUGGGAAUCAAUAUGAUUACAGAGUCCCCAGUGUUUGCUCUACUGCUUUGUCUUAAUUGCAAUCACGUUCAAAUCCUCUCGUCAAAAAUGGUUCAUCAGAAUGGAGAAAACUUUUAUUUUUUUUAUUUUCCACUAGAGCUUUUGUUUGUGCAACUGUUGCAGUCUUUUCCCUGGUGGCAAGAUGUUCUGAGAACCCAAGACAUGCUACAGAUGAACCAUUUCUCUAAUCUGCAGCAUGAUUUACAUGACAAGGCCAUGUUGUAUCCCUGUGGAUGUAGGGAAGGGCAGGCUUGUGUACAAAACAGCUUCCUGUCUGGAAGGAGAAGACCGCAGCUUUCUGCAGAUGACCCCAAACAAGGAUCAGGACGAGUAGAGCCUGCCAGUGUGCAGUGGCCUCAGUCCUUGGAUACUCACAUCUCCCCUGGGGCAGCCUGAGCGAGGCCCAGAAGGCAGUUACAGGAAAAGUCUCAUCCAAUUCCUUCUUACUGUGCCUAAUUGAAUGAUCAAAUGCCAAUAUACACAGAGUAGCUCCAAUUUCCUCCAUUUUAGUCCCAUUUUGGGAGAAAUUGGGACUACACUAACUCUAGGGAUUACACAAAUAGUCAACUGAGACGCGAUCCAUAUCUAAAAACUAUUUCAGAUAUAGUAGGUGGUAAUGUGAAACCUGCCAUAGCAAAAGGUCAUUUCUUCACAACAGCCUCUUCUAAUCCCUCUAACGCUUCUCACAGCCUAAGAGAAAUCUUGUUUUGGGCUUUAUACUUACAUAUGAAACUUGCAGAAUCCUGGAUAAAACUUAGCUACGCAGGGACAGAGGUUUCAAGAGUUGGGCUAUCGGUAGUAAAAGUGGUUCCAGGGCAGCAAAGAGGGUAAGGAAUUGUUGUGUUGGAUGACUGAGAAGCACCACAAUGAAACAGUGAAUUUAAAUAUGAUCUCACAGCAGGAUGCUGUGAAAUGUUGUCCUUUCUCUGGCUGUCCAGCAAAAAAAAUAAAACUAAGCUGUCUCUUG